AUGCGACUCUAUAUGAACAAAAUAUCCUUCGCGUCGGUGGCCGAAUCAUCUGCUCGCAGGAUGGCCGCCUUUCUUCUUCUAUUGUUCUGGGCUCUCCCGGUUAUGGUUCUAGCGACCGGACCUAGAGCUCCCCCAAAAGCCGUCCGUUCGACAUACACCCAAAGCCGCGAUAGCUGCACCGAAACCCAAUUCCUAGUCUGUUACGGUCCCAACGGAGGCCAAGCCCAGAAUCUUAGCACCGACGAUAUUGCAUACGCCGCCGCCUAUCUCCGCUGGCAUGCCGCCCACUUGGGCGACCCUUUGUGGGCGAUGCCGCCCGAGACUAGCUGUUCCGAAUGGACGAUCCCGAUUCCGAAUCCCAACACGCUGCUCGUCCUAGCCAAGCACGUCAGCCCGGAGGUUGAUUCCUCAGUAACCUACUACGACCUGGCGCGCACAAUCGACGGCGGUGGCCCGGACGGUACCGCGCUCGAGCGGGCCGCGUCGCUCCUUGGAUCCUGCGGGGCGAACGGGGGCCAGAUGGGGGUCACCGUGAAUGCCAACGACCCGGCGUACCAUAUGCCCGACUAUGUCAGCAGCGGGGCGAAGCAGGAGGGUAUCAUUGUCAAGCUUGUCCGGAACCCGAAUGCUUGA